GUCCAGCAUAAAAGUCCUGCUGGAGUGUGCAGGGAAGUGGACAGUGCUCAGACCAGGACCAUGGAGCCUAGUGUCCUGCUCCUCCUUGCUCUCCUUGUGGGCUUCUUACUACUCAUGGUCAGGGGCCAACCAAAGGCUCGUGGCCACCUUCCACCAGGACCCCAUCCCCUGCCCCUCUUGGGGAACCUCCUGCAGAUGGACAGAAGAGGCCUCCUCAACUCCUUUAUUCAGCUUCGAGAAAAAUAUGGAGACGUGUUCACAGUGCACCUGGGACCGAGGCCCGUGGUCAUGCUGUGCGGGACAGAGGCCAUAAGGGAGGCUCUGGUGGACCAAGCUGAGGCUUUCUCUGGCCGGGGGACAGUUGCUGUGUUUGACCCAACUGUCCAAGGAUAUGGUGUGAUCUUUUCUAAUGGGGAACGCUGGAAGACCCUUCGGCGAUUCUCUCUGGCCACCAUGAAAGAUUUUGGGAUGGGCAAGGGAAGUAUAGAUGAGCGGAUUCAGGGGGAGGCCCAAUAUCUGGUGGAGGAGCUGAGGAAAUCCCAGGGAGCUCCUCUGGACCCCACCUUCCUCUUCCAGUGCAUCACAGCCAACAUCAUCUGCUCCAUUGUCUUUGGAGAGCGCUUUGACUACAAAGACCGCCAAUUCCUGCACCUGCUGGAUGUGAUCUAUCAGACCUUCUCACUCAUUAGCUCAUUGUCCAGCCAGGUGUUUGAGCUCUUCUCUGGCUUCCUGAAGUACUUUCCUGGUACCCACAGACAAAUCUACAAAAAUCUGCAGGAAAUCCUCGACUACAUUGGCCACAGCGUGGAGAAGCACCGGGCAACCUUGGACCCCAACAAUCCAAGAGACUUCAUUGAUACCUAUCUUAUACGUAUGGAGAAGGAGAAGUCCAACCAACACACGGAAUUCCAUCACCAGAACCUCAUGAUCUCCGUGCUGUCUCUCUUCCUUGCUGGCACCGAGACCAGCAGCACCACACUCCGCUUUGGCUUCCUGCUCCUACUCAAAUACCCCCAUGUUGCAGAGAAAGUCCAAAAGGAGAUCGAUGAGGUGAUCGGCUCACACCGCCCACCAACCCUUGAGGACCGCACCAAAAUGCCUUACACUGAGGCUGUCAUUCGUGAGAUCCAGAGAUUUGCAGAUAUUGUCCCCACUGGAGUGCCGCACAAAGUCACCAAAGACACUUUGUUCCGAGGGUACCUGCUCCCCAAGAACACUGAAGUGUACCCCAUCCUGAGUGCAGCUCUCCAUGACCCACGGUACUUUGAACAACCAGAUGCCUUCAAUCCUGACCACUUCCUGGAUGCCAAUGGUGCUCUGAAGAAAACCGAAGCCUUUAUGCCCUUCUCUAUAGGAAAGCGCAUUUGUCUUGGCGAAGGCAUUGCCCGCAACGAAUUGUUCCUUUUCUUCACGACCAUCCUCCAGAACUUCUCUGUGUCCAGUCCCGUGGCUCCUAAGGACAUUGACCUCAGGCCCAAGGAGAGUGGCUUGACCAACGUAGCUCCAACAUACCAGAUCCAGUUCUUGGCCCGCUGACUGGGCUGAGGUGGCCAUGUGUCCCCACUCCUGUUGAGAAUGGCCCCAUCUUUCUUUCUCUGUGGGACCUGCUGCAAACCAGGCCAUAGGUCACUGCUCACAUCCUUCAACCUUAUUGCAGCUUCUGCAAAGCUCUGAGGUGUGUUCUUCUGCCCUGAAAAAAGGUACUGGGGGAAUCAAUCACUGUCUUUCUUGAUGUGUAAACCAAGAGACUUCAGAAGGUCACAUCUCAUGCUGAGUCAGUUCCUAUUGCACCCAGCAACCACAGUUUUCAUGUAGAGACUUCUGGCGCUCCAUCAUCUAAUCUAAUGAAUGCUGGCCAUGUCAGAGGGUCAGCAGGUAAAAUUGAAGUCCACGGUGUCAUUUCCCCUGGAGGAAAACUUUCUAAUAUGUUAAUCUUGUUUAAUGCAAGACUAUGAGAACACAGACUCUGCAAUAUCUUUUGAUUCCACUUUGCCUUCACAUAUUUGCUGCUACAAUCUUUCCCGGGUAUCUGGGUUGGUGUGAGUAGAUGUGGGGAGACCCCACUACCUGUAGCAUAGUGUGUUUCUCUCAUGAAAACAACCUGUUUAACUGGGCAUUUAACUCUGUGAAUUGUCAAGAUGAUUCCUCCCUAGCUGUGCUGUCUAAUUGAAACAAUGUCAGCUUAUUAAGAUUUUUGAGAAAUACAAAUGAAUACAAGGAAAUAAUACACAGACUGGGCCUAUGAGAUCCCCCUAUGGGGUUGCUGCAGAUCACAACUCAAGUUAAGAAAAACAAUGAGCCAGUUGUCUCAAAUUCCUUAAAUCUUAAUACUGAGAAAUCUAUCACAGGCUUUGGUGUGCAUUAUUAGUUGAAACAAAGCUUCAGAAUAACUUUAGAUUAGACCAGAUGCCUUGCUAAGGGUCUUUUAAAGAUAAACUACCCCAGAAAAUCAAUCUAAUAUUCACAUAGGUGAGGUUCUGAUUCAUUUAGGAUAGAGUCAAAAAUACAAAACAGCCCAAUUAUUGCUGACUGUCAGAUGAUUACAUCAUUGCACCCACUCCUGACAUCCUAUUGCUGAUAUGGGUGUGCACCAUGAAGACUCAAGUUCAGCUGACUGACUGUUUCUUAUGUAUAAAAGUGUUGGGUCCUGGGACUGCACAAAUACCAGAGAGUAGAACACCAAAGUCUAGAAACAGAAGCAACUUUCUUCAGUGGCACCAUUUGGGAAGGAAAUUCUGACUAGUCAGGAAUAGAGAGAGUAAUUUAACUCUGUAGCCCUCCCAAAGGGAACUACGGGUUUCUUUUUGUGAUCCGAGGUCAGACACAGGGUAGAAAGUACAUUUUGAGAUUUAAAGCAUCAUAGUGCCACAGUAUCCUGGUAGCGUGAACUGGAGCUGAAGCUAAGUAUUUAUGAAAUGUUGACUUAGCCUGAACUAGGGGAUUUAUGACACUCCAGGCACCUCUGCCACCCAAAGAGAUUCUGGAUUUUACAACUUCUGAUUACAGGUGUUAUUUCAAAAUGUUUAAACAGUUGUGAGUUAGUCUGAAUUGUCUUUCCCCUGCCUCAGAGAAAUAAAAUUAAAGCCCUUUGUGACUCCUGCAUUCCCUGAAAAUGUUGGUUGGGGUGUAUAAGUGGUGCAGAGGGAGAGAAUUAGAGAGAACAACAUGAGAAGAGAAUAAAAAAGCAAAUCAUCA